AUGGCCUUUCGAUCCGCCUCUGCCCCUACAGCCCAUGGCCUUUCGAUCCGCCUCUGCCCCUACAGCCCAUGGCCUCUGGAUCCGCCUCUGUUCCUACAGCCCAUGGCCUCUGGAUCCGCCUCUGCUCCUACAGCCCAUGGCCUCUGGAUCCGCCUCUGCCCCUACAGCCCAUGGCCUCUGGAUCCGCCUCUGUUCCUACAGCCCAUGGCCUCUGGAUCCGCCUCUGCCCCUACAGCCCAUGGCCUCUGGAUCCGCCUCUGCCCCUACAGCCCAUGGCCUCUGGAUCCGCCUCUGCCCCUACAGCCCAUGGCCUCUAGAUCCGCCUCUGCCCCUACCGCCCAUGGCCUCUGGAUCCGCCUCUGCCCCUACAGCCCAUGGCCUCUGGAUCCGCCUCUGCCCCUACAGCCCAUGGCCUCUGGAUCCGCCUCUGUUCCUACAGCCCAUGGACUCUGGAUCCGCCUCUGCCCCUACAGCCCAUGGCCUCUGCAUCCGCCUCUGUUCCUACAGCCCAUGGCCUCUGCAUCCGCCUCUGCCCCUACAACCCAUGACCUUUGGAUCCGCCUCUGCCCCUACAGCCCAUGGCCUCUGCAUCCGCCUCUGCCCCUACAACCCAUGACCUCUGGAUCCGCCUCUGCCCCUACAGCCCAUGGCCUCUGCAUCCGCCUCUGUUCCUACAGCCCAUGGCCUCUGGAUCCGCCACUGCCCCUACAGCCCAUGGCCUCUGGAUCCGCCUCUGCCCCUACAGCCCAUGGCCUCUGGAUCCGCCUCUGUUCCUACAGCCCAUGGCCUCUAGAUCCGCCUCUGCCCCUACAGCCCAUGGCCUCUGGAUCCGCCUCUGCCCCUACAGCCCAUGGCCUCUGGAUCCGCCUCUGCCCCUACAGCCCAUGGCCUCUGGAUCCGCCUCUGUUCCUACAGCCCAUGGCCUCUGGAUCCGCCUCUGCCCCUACAGCCCAUGGCCUCUGCAUCCGCCUCUGUUCCUACAGCCCAUGGCCUCUGGAUCCGCCUCUGCCCCUACAGCCCAUGGCCUCUGCAUCCGCCUCUGCCCCUACAGCCCAUGGCCUCUGGAUCCGCCUCUGCCCCUACAACCCAUGA